AUGAAGGAGAGAGAGUGUACAAAUAAUAGGGAUAAUGCAUUACUUAAUAGUAAUAAUGUAAUAAGUAAUGCAUUAUUUAAUAAUGAUAGUGUAAUAAGUACUGAUGAUAAUACAUUACUUAAUAAUGAUAAUGUAUUAAGUAGUACAUAUAAUAUAUCUAAUAUAUCUGUAUUUAGUGAAUUUAAUAUACUUAGUGUACUAUAUAAUAGAUAUAUUAAUAAUACUAUUUACACAAUGUAUAAUAAUAAUAUUAUAUCUAUUAAUCCAUAUAAAUAUAUUAAUAAUUAUAAUACAUUAUAUAAUAUAUUAUACACUAUAAUAGAUAAUAAUACAGAUAGUACAUUAAGUAGUAAUAAUAACACUAUAUGUAAUAAGUUAUACAAUAGUAAUAAUACAGCAUAUAAUACACAUAGUACAUUAAGUAGUAAUAAUAACACUAUAUGUAAUAAGUUAUACAAUAGUAGUAUUAUAGUGUUAAGUGGUGAAUCUGGUGCUGGUAAGAGUGUUAACACUAAUUAUAUACUAAAAUAUAUCUAUAAUAAUGUAUAUAAGACAGUAUACAGUAACUAUUUAAUAGAAUUAUUCGGGAAUUCUUCUACAUGCAAUAAUAAUAAUUCAUCCAGAUAUGGAAAGUUUAUUAAUAUAGAAUAUAAUACACAAUGCAUCAUAAGUAUCAGCAUAAAAAUAUUUUUAUUAGAAAGCGGCAGAAUUGAAAAAAGAAAAAAUAACUUUCAUUCCAUAAAGUUAAUUAAUGAGGUCCUAUCAGGGAGAGAGAAGAAGAGGGUUAAUAGGAUAUUUAAUAUAUUCAAUAAGUUAUGUAUUAGUAAUAGUAUAAUAAUAGAAAUAUUUAAAUAUUUAGUUAUUAUAAAGUAUUUAAUAGAUAUAGAGAUAGAAGACAGUUCAGGGAGUAUUAAUAUCACUGGGCGGGUAGAUGAAAUAUCUUAUAUGUUAAGGAUAGAUAAAAAUAUUUUAUUAAACUUAUUACUAAAAAAGGAAAUAACCGUUAAUAAUGAAAAUAUUUUAAAAUACAAGAAAGUACAAGAAAGCAUCAACACAAAGAACACUUUAAUUAGGGUUAUUUAUGAGAAAGUAUUUUAUUUAAUUAUAGAUUUAAUUAAUAAAGGACUAAAAGAUAUAUCAAAAGAAAGAAUAAACAUAAAUGAUAUAUUAAAUAGUACACAUAAUGUAAAUAAUAAUAAUAAUUAUGAUACAGUGUGUAAUAAUAAUACAGAAUAUAAUACGCAUAGUACAAUAAGUAAUAAUUAUGACACAGUGUGUAAUAAUAAUACAGAAUAUAAUAAGCAUAGUACAAUAAUUGAUGAGGAUAGUAAAUUAAAUGAAGAAUUUAAAGGAUUAGAAUCAGGAAUACAAGGAAUACAAGAAGACAGUGAAGAUUAUAUUAAAGAAGGAAUGGAUAAAUUUAUAGAAGAAAUACAUAAAGAAGUAGAUAUAAAUAUACUAAAUAUAGAAGAUAUAGAAAGAAGUAACAGAAGUAAUGAAGAUAGAAGUAGUGCUGUAUACAGUAAUAGUACUACUAAUGCUAAUACCUCUACUAAUAAUGGUACUAAUGCUAAUACCUCUACUAAUACUAAUGGUACUGUAUAUACCUCUAUUAAUACUAAUACUACUACUAAUACUAAUAAUGGUACUAAUACUACUACUACUACUAAUAAUACUAAUAAUACUACUAAUAGUAAUAGUACUGCUAAUACUUCCUCUUCUGAUGUAUCUGUUAUGUCUAUUGGUAUAUUAGAUAUAUACGGGUUUGAAAUUUUAGAGGAGAAUGGGUUUGACCAAUUCUGUAUUAAUUAUGCAAAUGAGAAGUUACAAAGUGAAUACGUCAGUAGAAUUAUAACAGAAAAUGUGAAUGUCUUAAAUGAAGAAGGUAUCCCAUUUGAUAGACUUGAUAAAAUCUGUAAUAAGGAUAUAUUUGAAGGACCAAGUGGGUUAAUAAGGUUAUUAGAUGAAGAAUGUUUAUUAAAUGGGUCUGUUAAUAAUUGGUUAUCUAAGAUAUCUUCAUCUGUUAGAGUAUACGGUAAGGAUAUAAUAGUAAAACAUUAUGCUGGGGAUGUAAAGUAUAACACAGAAGAUUUCAUGGAAAGGAAUAAGAAUGAAUAUUCUGACGUAUCUAAAUUACUUAAUAGUACGGGUAUACGAUUAUUAUACCAAUCUGAUAAGUAUAUAGGAAGACUCUCUAAAAAAGGAGUAUUAGGAGAGUUUAAGGAUAGUUUAGAUAGUCUUAUUUCUUAUAUAAAUAGCAGUAGAGUGUAUUAUAUCAGAUGUAUAAAUCCUGGUAUAAAUGGUGAUUUUAUGACGGAAGUAGGUAGACAAUUAAAACAGGCAGGAAUAUACGAUACAAUAAAAAUAUUCAUGCUUGGGUUUCAUGUGAAAUAUACUAAGCAGGAAUAUAUUGAAAGGUAUUUAAAUUAUACUGGGGAUAUCAAAGAAGGAGAAAAUAAUUCAGUAGAAAUAGGGGGUAGAGAAGGGGUUAAAGUAGGGAAGAAGUAUGUAUUUAUAACUGAAACAGCGUAUAAAUUAUUAGAAAAGGAGAGGAAGUAUAAGAUACAACAGGAGAUAGAAGAGAGAAAGAGAAAGGAAGAAAUAGAGUACUCUACAAGGAUAAUAAAGCAGUACAUAACGAGAGUACAAGUAUUAAAAGAAAUAGAAAGAAUACAGAAAGAGAGAGAAGAAGAGAGAGUGCGGCAUGAGGAAGAAGAGAGAGUAAGACAGGAGGAGGAAGAGAGAGUGCGGCAUGAGGAAGAAGAGAGAGUAAGACAUGAGGAGGAAGAGAGAGUGCGGCAUGAGGAAGAAGAGAGAAUAAAGCAGGAAGAACAAAUGAAACAAGAAGAAGCAAAUAAUAUAAUUGAAAGGCAUGAUGAGGAUGAUAAGAUUGAGAAACAAGAUGAGGAUGAGAAGGUUGAAAUACAUGAUGAGGAUGAUAAACAAGAAGAUAUAAAUAAUUCUGUUGAAGAGUGUACUAAAGAUAACUUACUUGAUUCUAUUAAUAAUAUAGAAAUAAGGAACAGUAUAAUUAGUACAUCUAAUAAGUCAAUUAAUAAUUCUGUAUACAAUUCAUACCCAACUAGUCCCGAUACAUCAGAAGAUCAUAUUAAAGCAGCAGAAGUAGUAAAUCCGUGUAGUACUUGUCAUAAAACAGAAGAAAAGUAUUCUCUGCAAUUAUUGUACUUACAGGAGAAACACAAUGAAAUUAACAAAUUAAGCACAGAAGUAUCUAAAUAUAUCGGUAUAAUUAAGGAUAAGGAUACACUCAUACGGGAUUUAAGUCAUAAAAUAGAAGUAUUAUUAUACGAUAUGUCUACUGAAGAAUAUUCUAAAAGAACGACUAAUCCACUGCACGGUGUGAAUAUAAUUAAACCACAUGAUAAAGCACCAACUGAAAUAUUCAGAAAAAUACUUAAAGUGUUUAUGCAGAGCGUGCCAUCUGAGUAUAAGUCGUAUUAUGACUCAGUCACAUGUGCAUUUACUUUAUUCAGGGUGGCUGCCGUAUGUCCUGGAGGUAUUUCUGGGAAUAUUCCUGGGAUAUUGCAGGAAUUUGAACUGGCUGUACAUUCUGUGUUCUCUGUUAAGAAGUGCUCUAUUCCGGUGUAUACAGGAUUCUUCUUGAUAAAUGCUAUGUUUAUUGCUAAGACAUCUCCUUCUAGUAUGACAGAAAGUAUUCUUCAGAAAGUAUUUUCUAGUGGGUGUAGAAGUAUCUGUGAGGAAAUAAGUAAUUUCGGGUUUGACUUUCUGUUUAAGCCUGCUUCAGAUGGUGGUAAUUUACUAACUAGACUGUUGAAGAAGCCAUCUUUAGACUCAGUCAUAUCUCAUUUACGUAUGAUACACAGUAUACUUAAUAAUUUGUGUGUGCCUGAGGAUGCGAUUGUUUCUAUAUUUGAGUAUAUCUCUAGAGUAAUUGAUGUUUCUGGGUUUGAGUCAAUUAUAAAGAAAGAUAAGAGAAUAGGGGCAAAGCACUUACUGUACUUACAGAGUAGUUUAGACAGUUUGGCUGGGUUCUUUAUGGAAAUCCAGGUGGAUAAUCCAUUCUACUUCCCAUACUUAAAGAAAUUCAUUGAAUUUGUAGAUGUACAGAGGAAGGGUGUGAUUACUGGGUCUGUGUUCUUGCGAGUAGGUCCAUUCUCCUCAUCACACUUAAAAGCAUCUAUUAAUGCACUUUCUCCUGAAAUACGUGGUAAAUUCACGUCUAAGAUGCAGAGUGCACUUACUGGAGUCCCUCCAAUUAGUAAAAUACAGAUACCCUCUCCAGAGUUUACUGCACCAAUGUGUAUAUUACCAGACGAUCCAAAUGAACUGUACAUAGCUCUGAUUAAGUCCCUGGAAAGAGAGCAGAUAUCAAAUAUUCUAGAAGAGUAUAAUAUACCAAAUGAUUGGUUAAAUAGCUAAUUACUACG